AUGAGGGCAGACUUCCAAAAAUUAGCUGAAGACAUAAAGUGGGAUAUCCAGGCAAUAGGACGUCUAGAAGACAAGAUGGAAGAAGCUGAUGCAUAUACUGCCUUCCAGUCUCAGCUGCAACAGAUGGAGAUGAAAAUGGUGGACCUUGACAUCACACAACUCUUUCUUUCCUUGAUGCCCGAGGACAGGGUCCACAGGAUGGCAAGACCCAAUGAAGGAGCGACUUAUGUUUGCGGCCCGGGAGGAACAGCUGUAUGCGGGUCAACCAUAGCAGAUGCCCCUGCAGCUGGACAGCACACUGCCUAG